GCUGGAAGUCCCUAGAUUUGCUACCCUGCGUCCCCUGGGGUCCUCUCUGGCGUCGGGAUUGACCUGAGACCGGCAGCCGGAAAUGACUCCAAGCCCGGUGGUGCGGUGGGGGUAGAAAGUGGCACGUUCUUACCUGCUUAACUGCGUGACCCUUGUGUGAUGGGAAUAAAAGCCCCACCUGCCAGAGUUGUGCGUAUUGAAGCAGAUGGUGUGUAUUAAGUGUCUAGCACGAGCUAAAUUUAAAGAGGAGCAAAGACCUCUAAAAAGUCAUUUGGAGACAUCUCUAAAAUACUUGUAACUGUGUACAAGCAAUUAAAGAGAUAUUGACCCCCAGCAAAACUAAUUGAAUAAUUGAGGCAGGUUUAUGUGUGUGUCAUCAGUUCUAUCCAGAAGCAGAAGAAUCUUCCUCUGAAUUUAAGGAUUGUGUACAUUUAAUGAGGAUGACUUUUCAAUUUAAUUUCAGUAUAGAAGACCAUCUGGAAAAUGAAUUAACACCCCUUGGAGGUGGAACUUUGGCCUUGGAUUCCUCAGAAGAGUCUUUGGUCUCAGAAAGCCAAAAAGGUAAACAUAGGGACAAAAAAUGUUCUACAGAAGAGUUUGACUUGCCUCGGGAUCCUUCGGGGGAACCUAAGUCAGUGAGAAAUGCAGCUGUCUUUCAAGACACAGUCAGCUCACUCAGUGUAGCUAACAGUUCAAGUAACUUGGAGCCGUAUGAAAAACAGCUUUGCUUGAGAAUUGCCAAAGAGCAUGCUAUGCCUAAAGAUUUAAAGAAAGUGUUAGAAAAUAAAGUCAUCGAAAUGUUACCAGGUCUCCAGCGUGUUAACAUAUCAGUAGUGAAAACCAUCUUGUUGAAAGAGAACUUCCCUGGAGAAAACAUCGUUUCAAAAAGCUUUUCUUCUCACUCUGAUCUGAUUACAGGUGUUUAUGAAGGAGGCUUAAAAAUCUGGGAAUGUACCUUUGACCUCCUGGCUUAUUUCACAAAAGCCAAAGUGAAAUUUGCUGGGAAAAAAGUAUUAGAUCUUGGCUGUGGAUCAGGGUUGCUGGGUAUAACUGCAUUCAAGGGAGGGGCCAAGGAAAUUCAUUUUCAAGACUACAACAGUAUGGUGAUUGAUGAAGUAACCUUACCUAAUGUCGUGGCUAACUCCACUUUGGAAGAUGAAGAAAAUGAUGGAAACGAACUAGAUGUGAAAAGAUGCAGGAAAUCAAAAGUAGUACAAGAUCUGUGUAAGUGCCGGUUCUUUUCUGGAGAGUGGUCUGAGUUUUGUAAGCUUGUACUAAGCAGUGAAAAAGUCUUUGAAAAGUAUGAUCUCAUUCUCACCUCAGAAACCAUUUACAAUCCAGAUUAUUAUGGUACGUUGCACCAAACUUUUGGUAGAUUGUUAGAUAAAAAUGGACGGGUACUUUUGGCCAGCAAAGCACAUUAUUUUGGUGUAGGUGGAGGUAUUCAUCUCUUUCAGAAGUUUAUAGAAGAAAGGAAUGUAUUUGAGACUAGAACACUCGAAAUAAUUGAUGACGGACUAAAGAGGUUCCUAAUUGAAAUGACUUUUAAGUCCCCCAGAUAAUGUCCCCUGAGUAUCCUAAAUAAACCGAAUAACCAAAAA